AUGCUAGAAAACAGCGUCAUUCUCGAUUGGCUGUGCACACUGCCACCAACUCCCGCUACUGCCCCUCUGCCUCUGCCUCUGCCAGAGCAGCCAGGCGUGAUUAGCCGCAAACGCAAACGAAGCUCACUGCCUUCGUCCCCUCACCGUCUGCCGUCGCCGCCAUUGAGCUUUUCUCAGAAAGAAUCUUGCGCCGGCAUCCAUGUCCAGGGCACGAUGGAGGUCUGUCCUGACCAAGGUGCCAUGAGUUCCCACGAACCCGAUAUUUCUACCCCUCGUCGCAACUUGGCUACCCAUUUACCACCGAACCCCGAUGCCGAUCCUCCCGAUUCUGACCUCGAGCCGACCCCAAAGGCUCCGCGACUUAAUACCUCCUCCCGAGCUACUCGCCAGAUUCCCCAGUCCGACACAAGCAGCAUUGCUUCUUCCUCCGCCGCCAGCCAGUUGUCAUUCCAGACAACAUCGUCGGCGUCCAACGCGUCAAAGCGGAAACGGCAAGCCAGUCCGCGGAAGCACUCGAACCUCAUGGCCAUCGAGAAUUCCAUCUCCGAAAUGAGUUUCGACGGCCUCACCGUACCUCCGCCUGCGCUCAACAACAUCCUCAACAGCAUCGAGAUUCUAGGUCGGGGCAUUGGAAUCGUUUCACGAACACAAGAGGCAGCUCUUCGCUCCAAGGCCGAGUCAAACCGCCAGUUUCGUUGGGUCCGAGACGACACAUUUGCCCCGGAUCUGGCCAGCCCCACCUCGACAUUACCCUCGUCCAUCGGAGCUCAACCCCACCGCGACCAACUUGGUCCGACCCCCGACUUUGACACAAUCAACGAGAUCUGGUGGGAGGCCUUUGAUGCAGAAACGGUCCGCCACGAGGAAGGCCAGUGGAACUCCGCGGUUCACCGACCGCUGCUACAUAACGCGUUGAAACAUAUUCAAAGCAUCGGGGUAUGCAACUGCACAUCGGCGCAGAUCCACUCUAGCUAUACGAGAUCCGAUAAAUCCGCCCAUCAUAACAAGAAGGUGGACUUUUGUGUGUAUGUCAAGGAAGAGUCCGAGCAGCUCAAGGCCAAAAUCCCAACAACGCCCGCGCAAUCAAUCAAUCACACCGACUAUCCCGGUCUUCUCCAGAGACCUAUCGGGCUUUCAAUUGAAACAAAAAUCACCGGCCAUGAGUGGGCCAAGGCCGUUAAUCAGAUUGCAGUCUGGCUCGUCGCCCAGUGGGAUGCUUUAGACGACCUUGCAGCACCGUCAGACGGCAGCCAUAGUACGCCUCGCAGCGUUUCUUCAGCAGCAGCAGCGGGUCUGGUCUUUCUCCCUGGCAUUAUUGUACAAGGCCACGAGUGGUGGUUCAUUGCCGUCACAAGGAAGCCCGACGGCAAGACAGAACUAUGGACCAAAACGCCGAUCGGGUCGACUACCACCAUGCAAGGCAUCUACCAAAUCUCGGCUGUGAUCCAGCUCCUCGGACGCUGGAUUGAGACGGAAUAUUGGCCAUGGUUCCAACGCGCCAUUCUUAAGCAAACAUGA